AUGUCCUCAUCGCUCGAGGGAGGAUGCGAUCGCCGGGCGGAUAGCGCCAGCCAGCAGGCAGCGGAGCCGGAACCAAGCACGCGUCUGCAGCAGUGGGAGGAGUUCGGGCAUCAGUUCCAGGCCGGAGAGCUAGAGCUUCUCAAGCAGAGCAUCGUUGAGAUGGCGUUCAGCCGGAUCGAGGGCCAGGAUGAGCUUUUUGUUGGCGGGCUCUGGGCGUUGCGCCGCUCUGAUACCCUGACUGACCGCGGCAUCACUCACGUGCUGUCCGUGGUGGGCUUUGAUCCUUCUGGUCUGAAGAACUUCAAGGAUGAGCCGUGGUCCGAGUACGGAAAGCAGUUUCGCCAUCUCGUCAUCGACAUUGACGACGUUGAUGACGCAAACAUACUGGUGGAGCUCCCUGGUGCUGUCAAGUUCAUCGAUAAGGGUUUGAGAGGACAUGGCUUGGGGCCCAGCACGAAUUCGGCAGACGCUCACGAUGCUGACGCAGAUGUGGGCAAGGGCGUCGAGGACCUCAGCAUUGGGGGCCAUGGCAAGCGCCCCGGCGUCUUUGUCCACUGCGCCGCCGGGAAGUCGAGAUCGGUCUCGACCAUUAUUGCCUAUUUGCUUUGGCGAUAUCCUAACCGAUUCGAUCCUAACAUCGUCCCGACUGUCAUCUCCGAUCCAACCCAUGCGCACCCACAGUCAUCGUCAACGAAGAGGCGGUCGCGGAAGGAAACAGCCGCCGAGGCUGUGCACGCCGCGCUGACAUACGUCCGCCGGACGCGGCCCAUGGCGGAGCCCAACCCCGGCUUCAUGGACCAGCUGGCGCUCUGGUGGGAGAUGGGCUGCCCCGACGACGUCGAGACCCAUCAUGUGUACCAGCGCUGGGCGUACAUGCGCGAGGUCGAGGAGAACUUGGCCGUGGGCCAGGCUCCCACGAGGCUGCGGUUCGAGGACGAGGAGGCUCAGCCCCACGAUGAGUCUGGGCUCAGCCUGCGGUGCAAGAUGUGUCGUCGCACCCUGGCUACGGCGCCGUUCAUCGUGGACCAUCAGUCCUCGGAUGCACACUCCACCGCCCAGUGUCAGCACUUCUUUAUCGAACCCCUGAGCUGGAUGCGAAGUAUCCUUGAAAAGGGCGAGCUCAACGGCCGGCUGCUCUGCCCCAAUGCCAAGUGCGGCGCCGGUGUAGGCCGCUACGACUGGAAGGGCUUCAGGUGCUCCUGUGGCGGCUGGGUCAUACCGGCCUUCUCCCUCCAGCGCGCCAGAGUUGACGAUGUCGUCAAGAGGGCCCCGGGCACAGCCGCCGGCCAGGCCACGGGCAUCCGAAUGCCGCCCGGCGCCAAACCCCGCGGCGGUAACCUGUAA